AAAAAAAAAAAAAAAAGCUCCACCACUGCACUGUUUCAAGUUCCCCUCUCCGGCUGAAACCCUGCCUGAUUUGUGGGCAAUGUUGGGGAUGUAGAAAAAAAAAAAGAGAAAAGGAAACCGGAGCAAAGAGAGCGUAAGGAAGGGAGAGAUAGAGAGACAACACUAACUGGGUAGCUAUGGAGAUAGUAGGUUUUCCUGGUUGCUUUCUUUGACAGGUGUCGAGUGGGAUAAAAUAAAGUGUGAGAACAGCCUCCAAGAUGUACGGCAAGGGUAAAGGAGCUGUGGUCCCCUCCGAUAGCCAAGCGAGAGAAAAGUUAGCGUUAUAUGUGUACGAGUACCUGCUACAUGUGGGAGCACAGAAGUCAGCACAGACCUUCCUGUCUGAGAUUCGAUGGGAGAAAAAUAUUACAUUAGGGGAGCCACCCGGAUUCCUUCAUUCGUGGUGGUGCGUAUUCUGGGAUUUGUAUUGUGCAGCUCCAGACCGAAGGGAGACGUGCGAACACUCCAGCGAGGCAAAGGCCUUCCAUGACUAUAGCGCAGCGGCGGCGCCGAGCCCGGUGAUGGGCAACAUGCCCCCCAACGACGCCAUGCCAGGUGGUCCCAUACCUCCAGGUUUCUUCCAGGGACCGCCCGGCUCUCAGCAGUCCCCUCACGCACAGCCCCCCCCACACAACCCCAGCAACCCCAUGAUGGGACCCCAUGGCCAGCCUUUCAUGUCGCCGCGGUAUCCAGGUGGUCCACGCCCCUCACUCCGAAUGCCAAAUCAGCCUGGGGGAAUCCCCGGAUCGCAGCCUCUCCUGCCAAACAGUUUGGACCCAACAAGACCGCAAGGACAUCCUAACAUGGGUGGACCAAUGAGAAUGAAUCCUCCCAGAGGAAUGGCCAUGGGCCCACAGAACUACGGAGGCAUGAGGCCUCCUCCAAACUCCAUGGGGGGUCCCAUGCCAGGAAUGAACAUGGGUCCUGGAGGAAGGGGGCCAUGGCCAGGACCUAAUGCUAACUCAAUAGCUUACUCCUCAUCAUCACCAGGAAACUAUGUGGGUCCACCGGGUGGAGGAGGGCCUCCUGGAACUCCCAUCAUGCCCAGCCCAGAUUCAACCAACUCCAGUGAAAACAUCUACACAAUGAUGAAUCCUAUCGGACCUGGAGGCAACAGACCCAAUUUCCCUAUGGGACCGGGGCCUGAUGGGCCAAUGGGAGCUAUGGGAGCCAUGGAGCCACAUCACAUGAAUGGAUCACUAGGGUCUGGGGAUAUGGAUGGGUUGCCAAAGAGCUCUCCUAACAAUAUGGGAGGCAUGAACAAUCCUCCCGGGACGCCGCGGGACGACGGCGAAAUGGGCGGCAACUUUUUGAACCCAUUCCAAAGCGAAAGUUAUUCACCCAACAUGACGAUGAGUGUGUGAUUUUCUUUUUUUUUUUCUUUUUAAUCUUUCUCCCCCAAUUUUUUGUGACUCUGCACCUGAUUUUUUUUUUUGAUUUUUUUUUUUUUAAAUCAUUUUCUUCAAUCCUAACUUGACCCUCGGACUGACCCGCCUCCCCUCAUCGCACACACACACCUUUUCUCCCCUUGGCCCCCCUCCCUCCUGACGGCAUCCGUCCUCCACCGCCCCCAACCCGCCCUCCGUCUUUCCUCUCCUCCCUUCGGGAACUGCUGCGGCCACGCAGCCUUCCGGGAGCGCCCUGGAGCA